CGAAGUAUUUCUACAAAAAUAGAUGUUCAAGAAAAUGGUUUUAAAGCUGAUGGUGUAUUGGAGUUUUUUGAGCGACCCAUGCAAAUUCCAUUGUUUUUGCUCGAGGUAUCGGAAGGUCCCAAUAAUCCGGACCCAGAUAAAAUUAAUGAAGAUAGGCAAAAGUUGAUGAAUGAGGGUGUUUUUGCCAUCAAUAAGUUUAUGACAAGAACGGGACUGCCAACGUGGGAAGUAUGUAGUACAUUGAAGGUUUUCUUGGCUCAAGGAUUUGCAUCUUCUACAAAAGAUAUUCCGCAACCUAUCGACUCACGGAGUGAGGGCACUAACGUGCCUGAAGAAAUGAUUAUUCCUGAUGAAAUAGAACAUAGCUCAGCGAAAUCUGAAUCUUUAACGGAACUUGAAGAAUCAGAGAUUCAAUGCUCUGCAUCACCCUCUGCAACCUCUUUACCACAAGAUGAUAUAUCCAAACAAAUGUCAGAAAACAUAUCUGAUAUAUCUGAUAUCGCUUCAAAUUCUGGCGUAUGUCAGAAGUCGAAGACUUGUAAAUCAUUGGAAGAUAAGGUGAUCGAUAAAUUCCUGUAUGAG